GCAGCCUCCAGGGCCACUUCACUCCUGCCCCUUCUCCUUCUGUGCCCCUACAGAAUUCCAUCCGACACAACCUCUCCCUGCAUAGCAAGUUCAUCAAGGUCCAUAACGAGGCCACUGGCAAGAGCUCUUGGUGGAUGUUGAACCCCGAGGGCGGCAGGAGUGGGAAGGCCCCACGGAGGAGGGCAGCCUCCAUGGACAACAGCAGCAAGCUGACCCGAGGCCGGGUCAAGGCCUCCAAGAAGAAGACAGCGACGUUGCCCGAGGGGGCCGAGGGCCCUACUCCCGCCAGUCCCGGGAGCUACUACCCCAAAUGGCCAGGUAGCCCCAGCCCCCGAAGUCCGGAUGACUCCGAGGUGUGGACGGCCUUCCGUCCACGCAGCAGCUCCAAUGCCAGCAUGGCCAGUGCCCGACUGUCCCCCAUGGGGACAGGGCUGGGACCGGAGCCUGAAGGGGGGGUAGCCGAGGAGGAGGUGCUGGCCUCCCUCACUUACCCAGGCAGUGUUCCCCCAACAGUCAAUGAGGAGCUCGAGCUGCUGGAUGGGCUCAAUCUCACAACCCCAAGGCCUCUUUUGCCCCAGGGUGCUGCCUCGGGCUUCUCCCUGCAGCCUGCGGGGGGCUCCGGCCCCCCAGCUGCCUUCACUGGCCCCCUGUUUGGCCCUUCUGAGGGGGCUCUGCCACCUGGGGAAGGGCGCUUCUCCAGCUCCCAGACUCUGGAGGCCCUGCUCACCUCUGAUUCCCCACCCUCCACUGAUAUCCUUAUGACCCAAGUGGAUCCCAUCCUCCCCCAACCCUCAACCCUUCUUCUGCCUGGGGGGCUGCCUGCUUCCAGCCCACUGCCCCCGGGAGUCAGCCUGGGCCCUAAGCCCUUGGAAAGCCAAGGCUCUGGCCCUCUGCCUCCUGCCCUCACCCUGAUGGCAGCCCCUGUGGGCAUGGAAAGCACUCCUGCCCCUAAGGCCCCGGAGCCCGCUGUGCCCCCUCUCUCUGAUGAAGCUACAGACCAAGACCAAAUGCCCCAGGACCUGGACCUAGAUGUGUACAUAGAGAACCUGGAGUGUGACAUGGAUCACAUCAUCAGCGACCUAGUGGAUGGGGGCGAAGGGCUAGAUUUCAACUUUGAGCCUGGUUCCGGAGCCCCUAGUUACCCUAACAACUCACAGCCCUCUACCCACUCCUGGGUCCCCAGCUAAGUCUGA